AUGAUAACUGAUCAAAAGCAUUCAUUAAAUAGUAUACUUAAUGAGUUAGAAGAUACCAGAUAUAUAGAAAAAAUUGCUAAGUUAUUUGGAUUAGACAAGCAGAAUAUAGAAAAGCUUGAAAAAAAAUUGGAAGAUUAUUAUUUCAAAUAUGAAAAGCUUAAAAAAAAGGUCAAUUUAUUAAAAGCUAAAACAGAAGAUUUGGAUAAAUGUUUACUUUGUGAGCUCCUAAAUAGAUCUGAUUCUAGUUUAUCUGACUUUAGUUCAUCUAAAGAUUCUGAAAUAGUUAAAUGCUAUUAUUCUAAAAAAAAG